CUUUACGAUCUCACAUCCUUUCCUUAUUAGAUUAAUAGCCCACGCGACUGGACGCUCAAUCGUGCACUAUUGUUUCUCGUUUUUAAUAGUCGCCCCUCACACCACGCCGCAACAAUGACUCUCUCCGCUCUACCUACCACAUCCAACAUCCGUGAAGCGACGAGCUUUAUUUUCGGAGGACACAUUGGGCCACAAAGCAAAAACUCGUUGGAGAAACAGGUCCGCCAGAUCGUGGACGGACCAAAUGGAUCAUGGAUACUGCAGACCUUGGCCGGCUUGCCAAGGUACUGGGAAGUCGUGACCGAAAAGAUCCCCGAACUGGCCAGCGCAAUGCAGGGUGCUCGUCUGAUGGCCGAUCUCGAGUCGUGGUUUCGACAUGGCCCAGCUUCCGUGGAGUCGCUGGCCCCCGACGAGGAGAUCCCAGACCUGUGGAUCGGAGUUGUGAUGGUUGCCAUUCAGCUCGAUCAGUACUGGCGCUAUCUGGAGUUUCGAUUCAACCGCCCCACUAAACAAGAGGUGGGAGAUCUACAGGCAGAGCUGGUGAAGCAGCAGCAGCAACACCAGCCUGGAGGAAGCAACAAGGUCGAGACCGUGGGGUUCUGUGCUGGCAUGAUCGCCGCCGUCGCCGUCGCCAGUUCCCGCAACCGACAGGAAUUUGAAAGGUACGGUGCCGCCGCAUUACGCAUCGGGGCGCUGAUGGCGGCCCUGGUGGGAGCCACCGAGGAGUGGACCAAGGGAGUCGGGAAAGGCCGGUCCGUCUCCUUGGCUACCGCAUGGAGAACCGCCAAGCAAGGCGAGGAUCUAACGCGUAUCGUCUCGAAAUUGGCUCCAGAUGCCUACAUCUCGGUCCUCUUUGACGAGUCCCGAGCUACCGUGACGGCGUCGGAGCGCCUGGCGCCCAAGGUGGUUCGGCAGCUUCGGGCCGCUGGCGUCACGGCCAUUCCCCUGGCCUUCAAGGGCCAGCUGCACACCCCCACGGCCGAGCGAUCCCGCCACACUGAAGCCUUGAUCGAAGUGUGCCAUUCGAUGCCGGAGUUGAAGUUUCCUGAUGCAGCCCAGCUGGCCUUGCCCACUUACCUCGACCACCCCGAGGGGAAACAAGUAUCUGGGGAAGAAGUGGAUUUGGUGGCGAUGGUGCUGCGCUCGAUCCUGGCAAAUCAGUUGAACUGGACCAGCACCGUGUCGAAGUUGGCGGCGAACAAAGAGGACACCUCCCUCAUUGCCUUUGGACUCGACCGCCCUCUGCCGCCCACCAUUUUGCGCGCCUUCGGUUCCAAGCAAGUGCACUUCGAGGAUGUCGAGGAGGACAUCAACAAGUCAAUUGUGCCCCCGCCCCAAGAAAGGCCAAAGAAUGACCCAGUGAUCGAACCAGUUCAGAUCGCAGAACCGACGACACCCAGUGUUCAGCCAGAAGACGAUUUCGAAGACGUGGUUGCCAUCGUGGGCAUGUCUCUCAAGGUGGCGGGCGGCCAGGACCUGGAAAAGUUUGAACAGAUGCUCAAAACCGGCGAGUCGCAGCACGAGGUCAUCACACGCGAGCGGAUGACACCUGACAUGUUGUUCCGCGACAAUAAUGCCGACCCCGACCGGAAGUGGUAUGGUAAUUUCAUGCGCGACGCGGACGCUUUCGAUCACAAGUUCUUCAAGAAGAGCCCGCGCGAAUCGAUGGCGAUCGACCCGCAGGGCCGCCUGUCGCUGGAAGCUGCUUACCAGGCGCUCGAACAGUCCGGCUAUUUUAACGAGAUGGCCACGGUCAGCCCGGCGGAGCAGGAAAGACGCAAGCACAUUGGUGUUUACGUCGGCCUCUGCUCGUACGAGUACGAUGUCAACAUCCACUGCCACCCGACCAGCGCCUUCACGGGCACAGGCGAGCUCAGAAGCUUCAUCCCCGGCAGAGUGUCGCAUUACUUCGGAUGGACGGGACCAUCGUUGACGUUUGAUACUGCAUGCUCGUCAUCGACGACGGCCCUUCACAUGGCCUGCCGGGAUCUGCUGUCCGGCGAAGUUCCGGCAGCGCUCUGCGGUGGCGUCAAUGUCUUGACCAACCUGCAAUGGACCCAAAACCUCGCCGCCGGCAGCUUCAUCAGCCCGACGGGCCAGUGUAAGCCCUUCGACUCGGAUGCCGAUGGUUACUGCCGCGGUGACGGCAUCGCCUACGUCUUCCUGAAGAAGCUGUCAACCGCUGUAGCCGACGGUAACCAGAUCCUGGGAACCAUCCGCUCGACGGGGAUCAAUCAGAACCUCAACACCACGCCACUGUUUGUACCCAACGUCCCUUCACUAUCGACCCUCUUCAACCAGGUGAUCUGCAAAGCUCGCGUCGACCCCCGGGACAUUUCGCUGGUCGAGUGUCAUGGCACUGGCACCCCCGUCGGGGACCCCGCUGAGUGGGAAAGCAUUCGUAACGCGGUGGGUGGUUCUCGGCGUGAUACAGUGCUACCCGUUGGCUCAGCCAAGGGCCAUGUCGGCCAUACUGAAGGCGCGUCCGGUCUGGUAUCCCUCAUCAAGGUGCUUCUGAUGAUGCGAGGCAAUUUCAUACCUCCCCAAGCGAGUUUCAAGAGCAUGAAUCCCUAUAUCCAUGCGCAGCCGUCCGACAACAUGGAGGUGGUCACGUCGUUGCGGUCCUGGCCAGGGGACCGGAAGCUGGCUCUGAUCAACAACUACGGUGCCUGCGGAUCCAAUUCGAGUGUGGUGGUGGCUCACUCGGCUCACAAGCCUUCCAAACCCUUCGUGGCCGGAUCGUCGUCUCGAUUGCCCUUCUGGAUCUCGGGCCUGGAUGUCCGCAGCAUUGCGGAAUACAGCGCCGCGCUCGCUCCCUAUCUCCGCUCACACGCUGGACCCGAAGAUGGUCAAGCUAAGCUCGCGGAUGUAUCGUUCAACAUGAAAUGGCAAUCCAACCCCGGCUUGCCUCAAGGGUUGAUCUUCAGUUGCAGUUCAUUGGAAGAGCUACAGGACAAGCUUGCGAAGGCAGCCGCGGCCACCAAGGACACCGCUACGACCGUCGGCAUUGCACCAGUGAAGCCGGAGCGGCCUGUCGUUCUGUGCUUUGGAGGCCAGGUUUCGACCUUCGUUGGCCUCGAUCGCGCCGUAUACGAAGGUGCAGCAGUGUUGCGGCAGCAUUUGGAUAACUGCGAUGCUGCCAUCAAAUCUCAAGGCCUCGACAGUAUCUACCCCGAUAUUUUCUCCUCCGAGCCUUAUCAGGACGUAGUCAAGCUCCAGACCGCGCUCUUUGCGAUGCAGUAUGCCUCGGCCAAGAGUUGGAUCGACUGUGGACUCGCCGACAAGGUAGUAUCCGUUGUGGGCCACAGCUUUGGUGAGAUUACAGCACUAUGUGUCGCGGGCGUGCUGAGUCUGGAAGACACCGUCAAAAUGAUUGCGGGUCGGGCUAGGCUGGUGCAGAGCGCUUGGGGACCUGAUUCGGGCGCCAUGAUGGCCAUCGAGGCUGACGAAGCAAUUGUCCAUGACCUCCUGAAGGAGUCGAACCUCGGAUCUGACGGAUCAGCGGCCAUCGCCUGCUAUAACGGUCCUCGCAGCUUCACGGUCGCCGGAUCGACAUCAGCCAUCGACGCAUUUGCUGCCACGUUGGCUGGAAAGGGCAGCGCGGUGGAGGGCGUCAAGAGUAAACGCCUCAACGUCACCAAUGCUUUCCAUUCAGCACUGGUCGAUAACAUCGUCGACCGCCUUGGGGAGGUCGGCAAAGAAGUGACAUUCCACGAGUUCGUCAUUCCGAUCGAGCGUGCCACCAAGCAUGGCGACCCAGCCCGACUGGACUGGACCUUUGUUGGAUCCCAUAUGCGCCAGCCGGUCUUCUUCAAUCACGCCGUCCAACGGCUCGCAAAGAAGCACCCUCAGGCCAUCUUCUUGGAGGCAGGUUCCAAUUCGACCAUCACCGUCAUGGCAUCACGCGCACUAGCUCAAACGGCGGCGAUGCAUUCGGAUUCGCUCCAUUUUCAAUCCGUGUCGAUCACCAACACCAAGAAGGGCAUUGACAGGCUCACCGAUGCCACGGUCGAUCUGUGGAAACAGGGCCUACGUGUGUCUUUCUGGGCCCACCACCGGGUACAGACGGGCGAGUAUGCGCAGCUCCUCCUGCCGCCGUACCAGUUCGAGAAGACGCGCCAUUGGCUCGAGCUCAAGUCGCCUAUCGAGCAGGCUCUCAAGGUCGCCCAAAACAUGACCGCAAGUAAUGGCCUGCUGCUGGCGGCGGGAUCGGCACAGCAAGCACAAGUCGACCCGAAGACCCUGGAUCUAUGGACUUUUGUCGGCUUCCAGGAUCACAAGACUGCCAGCACCAAGAAGAAGGCCAAGGUCGCUCGGUUCCGUAUCAACACGGCCUCGGACAAGUACCAGCGUCUGUUCGCGACCCACGUUAUCGCGAAGACGGCACCCAUUGCUCCAGCCACGCUGGAGAUCGACAUGGCCAUCGAGACUCUUUUCAGCCUGAAUCCGGAAUGGAGACCGAAUGGCUUCUUGCCGAUCGUGCGCGAUAUGCUCAGCCAUUCGCCGAUCUGUGCCGACUCGACCCGCGAAUACUACAUCGACCUCGAGCCGCUCAACAAAGCCGAAACCGAGUGGUCCUGGACCAUCCACAGCGUCAGCGCUUCCUCUGCCGAUGACAAGCACGCCGAGGGCCGCAUCGACAUGCGCUCGCCAUCCGACCCGGCCGUUCUUCAAGAAUUCGGACGCUGGGAGCGCGUGGUCAAUUACGCGCAGUGCCAAGCCGUUCUGGCGUUGGGACCGAACGAUGAGGGUGUGGAGGCACUCCAAGGCCGUAACGUGUACCGAGCCUUUGAGGAAGUGGUCGACUUCGGCUCCGUGUACCACGGCGUGCGGUCUGUGGUGGGCCGUGACUGCGGCGAGAGCGCGGGUGUAGUGCACAAGCGCCACACAGGUGACACCUGGCUUGAUGUCCCUAAGGCCGACUCGUACGGCCAAGUGGCGGGAAUGUACGUCAAUCUGUUGACGGAUAUCCCCACGAGCGAUAUGUUUGUUGCCACAGGUCUUGAGCUCGUGAUGCGCUCGCCCAAGGUUCAGACUGUUACUGAUGGCCAAGAGAAUGGCCCCAGUGUCUGGCACGUGCUCGCUCUCCACGCGCGCCAGAACGAAAAGGCCUAUGUGACGGAUGUCUUCAUCUUCGAUGCCUCGACGGGUGCCCUGGCCGAGGUCAUCCUGGGUCUGAAAUACGUCCGCAUUCCCAAGGCAACCAUGAGCAAGAUCCUGGCGCGGGUGACCACUGAUAAGUCAUUUGUCAGAAGCACCGCCGCGUCUCUGCCGUCAUCUGCCCGACCUGCUGGCAGCGUUGACCAGCCAGUCAAUGCCGCUCCAACAGACUUCAAACCGGCGCCGGCCCAAUCCCGCCCGAAGACCAAAAAGACCACAAUCAAAAAGGCGAAGCCGGCUAGUGGGCCGCGCGACAUCACAAAUGAGGUGCGCGAUGUGGUCGCCAGCGUUUCCGGGAUUGAGGCCAGCGAGAUGAGCCUCGACAGCGAGAUGGCGGACCUGGGUAUUGAUUCGUUGAUGGGCAUGGAGCUGGCGCGCGAGAUCGAGAAUACCUUCCAUUGCACACUUGACCGCAACGAGACGAUGGUCGCCACCAGUCUUCGCGAGUUUGUUGCAUGCGUGUCGAAUGCUUUGGCGAGGGCUGGAGAUGGGAAGAAUGUGGAAGAAGAGAAUGACACGGAGGGCGAUGAUGUGUUCUCAGACUCGGAGGAUGAAGACACAACCUCUGAUAUCUCCACUCCGGAUGACGCCUCGGACUUUAGCAGCAAGAGUCAGGAUUCGGUGAGUAAGUCACCUGUCCCAGCGGCGAAGGUAAUUAAUCGGGGUGAUGUAGCAGCCCGUGAAGCCGAGGCACUACGCCUAGUGGCAGCCUACACGACCGGCUGGGAGUCGGCCGCCCUUGAGGCUGCAGCGAAGGGUUCGAUCAGCACCCGUCCCAGUGCCGGAGCGGUGGUUGUCGUGACUGGCGCUUCAGGUAGCCUGGGGUCGCACAUUGUGCAAGCCCUUGCCGAGCGGCCGGAUGUCGCAACUGUCGUUUGCAUAAACCGCCCUAUUAGUGACGUCCCCGCCGACAAGCGACAGGCCGAGGCGCUAUCUUCUCGAGGCAUCGAGCUGUCUCAAGCCGCACGCGAGAAGUUGCGGGUAUACGGCACCGACACCUCCAAGCCACGGCUCGGUCUAUCAGACCAGGAGUACACCUGGCUGGCUCAGUGCGGCACCCACAUCAUCCACAACGCAUGGCCCAUGAGCGCCACGCGGCCACUCAAAGCCUUUGAGCCCCAGAUCAAGGUGAUGCGGAACUUGCUAAAUCUGGCACACGACAUGGCAACCGGCAUCGAGCCGCGCAGGGUCGGAUUUCAAUUCAUCUCCUCGAUCGGCGUGACCGGCUUCUCUGCCGAGUCCCACGUGCUCGAGCAGCCCAUGGCAAUGGCUGCGGUGAUGCCUAGUGGCUACAACGAGGGCAAAUGGGUAUGCGAGCGCAUGCUCACGGAGACGCUCCGCCGUCACCCGCGUCUCUUCCGGGCCAUGGUGGCGCGGCCUGGCCAGAUCUCCGGAUCAACCACCAGUGGCUUCUGGAACCCUGUCGAGCAUUUUGCCUUCGUGGUGAAAAGCGCUCAGGCCCUCAAGGCACUGCCCGAUCUGGGAGGUGUGCUGCAUUGGCUGCCGGUGGAUAAAUCCGCGCGCGUCAUGGUCGACCUGUUGAAUAUCGACCGCCGCGAUGAUGCGACCGAGGCGUACCCAGUCUAUCACGUCGACAACCCUGUUGGCCAGCCGUGGAAGGAAAUGUCGAUGGUUCUGGCGGCUGCGCUGGAUAUUCCUCCCCAGGGCAUCGUUCCCUUCGAAGAGUGGACUCGACGGGUUCGCCAAUCGUCUCUCUCCCCGGCUGAGAACCCGGCUGCUCUUGCCCUCGGCUUCCUCGAGGGGCACUUUGAGCGCAUGGCUUGUGGUGGCAUUGUUUUGGACACACAACGAUCAAGCGAGCAUUCCCAAACCAUGGCGGCGGAGGGGCCGGUGAGUGCGGAGGUGGUGCGGUCCUAUGUGUCGUCUUGGAAGGCGAUGGGGUUUCUUCAUUAAUCACUCAUUUGGUUCUUUCAUGAAUUGUGCUGUUCUCAUUUGAUUAAUGUUGUAUUAGCAUAGAACGUGUUUAUAGAGAAUACCACGGGGCUUCAGUCGGCUGGCUGACCUUCACCUGACGUGC